AUGACAUUCCAACGACUUGUUUUUAAUGUUAAGCGGGUUUUAUCAACGGGUGAAUUCCUACCGAUAAUAUGGUCAAAAUGCUUCUAUAGACAUACUAAUGAAAUAACGAGGACUAUUGCUAUAAAAAACAAUUUUUCUGGAAAAGCACCAUCGGCGAACAACAACACGACUGAGUCUUUUGUAAAUUUAAAUGAGAAUAUCACAAAAGUUUUAAAAGAAAAAAAAGAAAAAAAGGCAGGAGACAUUUACCGAGAACGAGCGUAUCAUACUGCGAUAAAGUCAAUUUCUAUAUAUCCUAAACGAAUAACCUCUGGUGAAGAAGCUCGGAAACUAAAAGGUGUCGGCUAUAGCAUUUCUGCAAAAAUAGACGAGAUUUUAAAUACGGGUACUUGUUCUCAACUGUGGGAAAAUGACAAUUAUGAAAGAAAUUUAAUUAACCUUUUCACAAAGUUACCGAAAAUUGGGUAA